AUUUGUCAUCAACCAUGUAUAUUCUGCACCACGAGCAAGUUCGUUGUCGAUGGAUGCCAACAGGAAUACUUUCACUAUCCUUGCUGGUCGCCUUUUCGACCCUAGCAUUGAAGAUUUCGUUGCAAGUCAAGUCAUCGUCGUAUCGAAAACAGCUGGGUUGAUUGUUGAUGUGCAUGACUAUACGACUGGAUCCGUUGAUAUUGAUCUUCGCCAUCUCACCGUUCUGCCUGGAUUCGUGGACGCUCAUGUUUACAUGUUCCUUCAUUCGUAUUCAGAGACAUCAUGGACGGAUCAGUUAACGAAGGAGAGUCUCGCUGAACGCACCAUCAGGGCCACUGUUCACGCCAGAAAGACCUUGAUGGCAGGAUUCACGACAGUUCGCGACCUGGGAACAGAGGGAGCAGGCGAUGCUGAUCUCGCGCUGCGUCGAUGUCUAGCUGGCCCGGAUCCUAUCAUUCCUGGCCCGAGAUACUUCUGCGCCAAUCGUGCCCUUGUCACCACCGGAAGCUAUGGACCGAAAAGUUCGAUACACCCUCACAGUGAAGGCGUAGAAGGCAUUACCGGGGCAGAGGUCACUGAUGGCAUAGACGAAUGUGUCAAAGCCGUCAGAAGGCAGGUCGGCGCUGGCGUAGAUUGGAUCAAGAUUUAUGCAGACUAUUCCGUGCGCUCUAGAGUCGCGUCUGUCUCUCCUGCCAUCGGAGCUCGUGCCAUGCCUACUUUCAUGUACAGUGAGAUUAAAGUCAUGGUCGAUAUCGCACAUGCCCUUGGUGUCAAAGUUGCGGGACACGCGAAAACUGUAGAAGCGGUAUCAAAUCUAUUAAAGGCUGGUGCUAACACCAUCGAGCAUGGCUCCCAAAUGUACAAAGACGCUUCCUUAAUGGACGCGUUCUGUAAUUCGCCGUCAACAAUUUGGAUUCCUACCCUUGCCGUUUAUUAUGAAAUGCGACACAAUAGUCCCCAGGGAUGGGAAGACGCACGGACGUCUUUCCAGCGAGCGUUGAAGAUGGGAAUGGAUAAUAUCUCGUGUGGAGGAGAUACAGGUCCAUUUCCUCACGGAGAUAAUGCUCUGGAGAUGAAGCUGAUGGUCAGACUUGGCGGUUGGAAGUGUAUCAGACCGAUAAACUGGAAGGGGGGUCAGAACGGAACAUCAGGAGAUAAUGACAUAUGGUUUGGCAACGUCAAAGCUGGCUGGGCAGCUGAUCUAGUCGCAUUGGAAGGGAAUUUGGAGGAUGAUUUUGAAGGAACUUUGGAUAGAGUGAGCUUUGUGAUGAGGGGAGGGAAGGUGUACAAGCUAGAUGGAAAGGCCGUACAGGAUGUUUAA